UCACACUUUUUUUUCUCUCUUUCCUUUUCCCUCUCUCUCUCUCUCUCUCUCCUCUCUCUGAGGCUGGACAAUGCAAUAUACAUAGACAGACAAACCCUCCCGUUUGUUUCCUUUUAUUUCCUCUGCUCAUUGUCGUCUCCUUCAACAACUCCGUAAUUCUCUCUCUCUCUCUCUCUCUCUCUGCAACAAAACAAGCCAAACAAGCGAAGCCCACUUUCAUCACAGAAAAAAGAAGAAAAGCUUGUAUUGGGAAGCCGGCAUUUGGGUUUUCCCAGUUCAAAACACCAACUGGGUCUGAGUCCUUGAGUGGAAUUGUUAAAAGGGUCCGUUUCAAAUCUUACUCAUUCACAGGUAUUAUUGAGUUCGGACUCGGUCUUUCCUCUCAUUAUUUUAUUACCAUCAUCAUCAUCAUCAUCAUCAUUUGCUUUUAUAAAGCAAGAGUUGGUAUCCGUUGAAAUCGUCACGCAAAUCCGGUGAAGAAGAGGGUCAGUUUUUCUUCAUACAGGUUUGGUUUUAUUAAGUUAUGCCAUGGCUUCUUCUGGGUCAAACUUCAAGUUCCCAAACAGAGGUCCGAGCGUGAUUCACCACAACCAAAACAGCAAUGACUUCGACAGCGAAGCCGGGAGCGUGGAGUUCACUUCCUACACGGUCCAGAUUCCAUUGACGCCCGACAACCAGCCGAUGGAGAUCGCCAUGGAAAGGUCGGCCUCGCAGAGAGUGGAGGACCAGUACGCCUCCAGCUCGCUCUUCACCGGCGGCUACAACUGCGUCACCCGGGCCCACCUCAAACAAAAAGUCAUCGACUCCGAGGCCGCCAACACCCACCCGCAGAUUACGGGGCUGAAAGGCUCCCCCUGCGCCGUCCCCGGCUGUGACUCCCGCUGCCUCACCGACGAACGGGGACUGGACAUCGUCCCCUGUGAAUGUGACUUCAAGAUUUGUAGGGACUGUUACCGUGACGCUAUCAAAACCGGGGACGGGAUUUGCCCCGGGUGCAAGGAGCCGUACAAGGAGGCGGAAUUGAGUGAGUAUCAGCAGAGCCAGCCGCUGCCGCUGCCGCCUGCAUUGGCGGCCGCGGGGGUGGGGAUGUCGAAGAUGGAGAGGAGGCUGUCGAUGAUGAAGUCGAAGUCGAUGUCGAGGUCGCGGUCGAAGUCGAUGGUGAGGAGUCAUAGUGGGGAGUUUGAUCACACCAAGUGGUUGUUUGAGACGAAGGGAAGUUAUGGAUAUGGGAAUGCGAUGUGGCCGAAGGAUGGAGAGAGCGGGAGCGAUGACGGGAUUGCCGGUGAUCCUAAGGUGUUCCGUGAUAAGCAAUGGAGGCCUCUCACCAGGAAGCUAAAUGUCUCUGCUGCAGUUCUCAGUCCUUAUAGGCUCUUAGUAUUUGUCCGGCUGGCGGUUCUCUGCUUGUUUUUGCAUUGGAGAAUCACGAAUCCAAAUGAGGAUGCAGUCUGGUUGUGGUUGAUGUCUGUGAUUUGUGAAAUCUGGUUUGCCUUCUCUUGGCUACUUGACCAGCUUCCAAAGCUCUGCCCCGUUAAUCGCUUUGCUGAUAUCGAUGUUCUAAGGGAGAAGUUUGAAACACCGAAUCCCAGUAACCCUAGUGGAAAAUCUGAUCUUCCGGGCAUAGACAUCUUCGUGUCUACCGCAGACCCGGAGAAAGAGCCACCCCUUGUCACUGCAAACACUAUUCUAUCCAUUCUAGCAGCUGACUAUCCUGUUGAGAAGCUGGCGUGUUAUGUUUCUGACGAUGGGGGUGCGCUCCUAACAUUUGAGGCCAUGGCCGAGGCUGCUAGUUUUGCCAACUUGUGGGUGCCAUUUUGCCGGAAGCAUAAUAUUGAGCCAAGAAAUCCAGAAACUUAUUUCAAUAUGAAUAGAGACCCUUACAAGAAUAAGGUACGCCCUGACUUUGUCAGAGAUCGCAGGCGGGUGAAGCGCGAAUACGAUGAAUUUAAGGUUCGGAUUAAUGGCCUUCCUGAUUCAAUCCGGAGACGAUCUGAUGCUUACAACACUAGGGAGGAGAUCAAAGCUAUGAAACAUAGGCGUGAGAAUGGAAAUGAUGAACUGGAUGAGACUAUAAAGAUUCCAAAAGCUACUUGGAUGGCUGAUGGAACUCACUGGCCUGGUACUUGGACAGUUCCUGCACAAGAGCAUUCUAGGGGUGAUCAUGCUAGCAUCAUACAGGUGAUGGUGAAACCUCCAAGUGACGAACCUCUUAAAGGUACAGAAACAGAUUCAAAUUCCAUGGACCUAACUGAGGUUGACAUUCGUCUUCCCAUGCUUGUGUAUGUUUCUCGUGAAAAACGACCUGGCUAUGACCACAACAAGAAAGCUGGUGCUAUGAACGCCCUGGUUCGAGCUUCCGCUAUCAUGUCCAAUGGCCCUUUCAUUCUUAACCUUGACUGUGACCACUACAUCUACAACUCCCAAGCUAUGAGAGAAGGCAUGUGCUUCAUGAUGGACCGAGGAGGGGACCGUAUUUGUUAUGUUCAGUUCCCGCAGAGGUUUGAAGGAAUCGACCCUUCUGACCGUUACGCCAAUCACAACACGGUUUUCUUUGAUGUGAACAUGCGUGCCCUUGAUGGGCUUCAGGGUCCAGUGUAUGUGGGAACAGGAUGCCUCUUCCGCCGGACUGCCCUUUAUGGUUUUGAUCCUCCUCGCAUAAAAGAACAAAAUGGUUGCUGCGACUGUUUCUUUGCCCGUCGCAAGAAAGCUGCUUCUGUUGCCUCUGCUCCUGAUGUUGCCUCACUAGAAAGCAAAUCAGAGAUGGGAGAUUCUGAUGAUGAAGAGAUGAAUAUUGCCCUUAUUCCUAAGAAGUUUGGAAACUCAAGCUUAUUGGUUGAUUCUAUUCGAGUGGCAGAAUUCCAAGGUCGGCCUCUUGCAGAUCACCCAUCAGUGAAAUACGGGCGCCCACCGGGUGCUCUCACUCUGCCUCGUGAUCUUCUCGAUGCAUCUACAGUUGCCGAGGCAAUCAGUGUCAUCUCUUGCUGGUAUGAAGAUAAGACUGAAUGGGGCCAGAGAGUUGGAUGGAUUUAUGGCUCAGUUACUGAAGAUGUGGUCACAGGAUAUAGGAUGCACAAUAGGGGAUGGAAAUCUAUUUACUGUGUUACCAAGAGGGAUGCCUUCCGUGGCACUGCCCCAAUCAAUCUCACCGACAGGCUUCACCAAGUUCUCCGUUGGGCCACGGGCUCGGUCGAAAUUUUCUUUUCUCGUAACAAUGCUCUUCUGGCAAGCUCAAGGUUGAAGUUUCUCCAAAGAAUUGCCUAUCUAAACGUCGGAAUCUACCCCUUCACCUCCCUUUUCCUCAUUGUCUACUGCUUCCUUCCCGCGCUCUCCCUCUUUUCGGGCGAGUUCAUCGUUCAGUCGCUCAACGUAACCUUCCUAACAUACCUUUUGGGCAUCACAUUGGCACUCAUUGCGCUUGCUGUACUCGAGAUAAAGUGGUCAGGCAUCGAACUCGAGGAAUGGUGGAGGAACGAGCAGUUCUGGUUGAUCGGUGGCACUAGCGCCCAUCUUGCAGCCGUGCUCCAAGGCCUUCUAAAGGUAAUCGCAGGCAUCGAAAUCUCGUUCACUCUGACAUCAAAAUCCGGCGGGGACGACGCAAACGACGACUAUGCUGAUCUCUACAUCUUCAAAUGGACAUCUCUGAUGGUGCCACCAAUCACCAUCAUGAUGGUGAACUUGAUUGGCAUAGCUGUUGCAACCUGCAGAACAAUAUACAGUGAUAACCCGGAAUGGAGCAAAUUGCUUGGGGGUGUUUUCUUCAGCUUCUGGGUGUUGGCUCAUCUCUACCCCUUUGCAAAAGGGCUCAUGGGAAGAAGAGGUAGAACACCCACCAUUGUGUUUGUGUGGUCAGGUCUUGUGUCAAUCACUAUAUCUCUUCUUUGGGUGGCCAUUGACUCUCCAUCAAACAAUGGUGACAUUGGGGGCUCAUUCCAAUUCCCAUGAUACAUACAGUUAUACAAGUCUUAAUACUGAAUUUGUUUUCCCACACCAUUUUUAUUCUGUGUCGAUUGGGGUUUAAAUAUUUAGCAUUUCUGAGGAAUUCUUUAGGGUCUUGUUGGAGAUGUAAAUUUAGUUAUUAUUACUCUAUUAUUAUUAUUAUUUUUUUUUUAUAAACUCUUGUAAGUUGAUAUAUAUGUCCCUAGUGGAAAAAUUUUAUUUGUAUUCAUCAA